AUGGCAGCCGACGGUGCGGGUAAACCGUUGAUGCUGGGGGUGAGCAACCCAUUUGCCGAGAACCCGUCGAUGAUGACCCUCGCACAGUAUCAGGACUCCUGUAUACCAGUGAGCAUGGAGUUUGCAAAGUCGAAGAUGCACUGGAUCAUCGCGGCCAUCUUCUUGGUGGCUGAUAUGGUGGGAGGAGGGGUGGUGGCUAUGCCGGUCGCUUUUAAACAAUCGGGUAUGAUUUGUGGCUGUGUGUUCAUGCUGGUGAUCUGUGUCAUGUUCGAGUAUACGGGAUGGGAGCUCGGUGAAGUCUGGGUCAUCAUGCAGCAGAGGUGGCCGGUCUACAAGCAGCAUUGCCGGAAACCGUUUCCGGAAAUGGCCAAAAAAGCGAUGGGCACCACGGCACAACGGUUAACCUCACUGGCGAUUCUGAUCACGCUGUUCGGAAUCUCGGUCGUCUAUUUGCUACUAUCGGCCAAUAUCAUCCACUAUUUCCUGGCCGACUAUUUGUAUAUUAAUAUCUCCGUGUGCGGCACCAUCUUCCUGUUGACGCUAAUCGUCGCCCCGUUCACACUUUUGAAAAGUCCGGGCGAUUUUUGGCUUGUCGUUGUGUUCGCGAUGGUGACCACCGUCCUCUCGGUGGUGCUCAUCAUCUAUGGAGUCUUUUUGGACCAUGGAGCCUGUCUGCCGGAAGUUAAAUACCAGGAAUUCGAGCCGGGCAGCGCCUUGUUGGCCAUGGGAACCUUCCUGUUCGCCUUCUCCGGUCACUACGUUUUCCCGACGAUCGUCAACGACAUGCGACACCCCAAGAAGUUCAAGCUGUCCAUCAUUUGGGGAUUUUUGAGCGUGCUUUUGCUGUACAUGCCGUUAUCCAUCUACGCCUACUGGGUGUACGGCGACUCGAUGGAGAAGAGCGUCAUCUACAGCGUGCAAACCCGCGAGCUGCAAUUCGGCGCGAAUCUGAUGAUUGCCGCGCAUUGCAUCUUGACGCUGGUCAUCGUCAUCAACCCGGUGAACCAAGAGAUCGAGGAGUACUUCCAGGUUAAACAUAGCUUCGGAAUUGGGCGAGUCCUCACACGGAUGGUGAUCCUGGUGUUGGUGCUGUUCACUGGGUUGAGCGUACCCGAUUUCGGGCCCGUCAUGAAUUUGGUGGGCUCCUCCACGAUCCCUCUUGGUUGUGUCGUGAUGCCCGCCCUCUUCUACCUCUAUAUCAAGGCAGCAGAUGAGGACCAAUGGAGCAAAGGCGAAAUCCCCUCCAUUAAACAAGUCUACGACCGCACCCCGAAACGCGUCUUCUGGCUGAACAUCUUCAUCAUGGUGGUGGCCAUGGUUGGAGGAGCUGUCGGCACCUACAAGGCUGUCAUCGCCAUGAUGAACACCGAAUUCUCGGCCCCAUGCUAUAUGCGAGGAGCGGAGAUGUUCUUCGCCGGCGAGUCGUCCGGGACGUUCCAAGUGCAUCAAAAUUGCUGCGGUUGGGGCCGGAAUAUCUCGUCGAAGGGCACGCCGGACGUUUGUGGCGUC